CACAAGCAACGGCUCGCAGCAACACUAGCAGCAGGGGCCGUCAAGUAGUACAGUCAAUAUGUCAGCAGCGAGCGUAGCAGCAGCGGUUGUGGCCGGAGCAAGCAAGCCUGAAGCGUCAAAGGCUGGCGUGGCGACAGUUGCCAAGGCCGCUGCAGGGUUGACGCAGGCCGAACGUCCGCUCACGGAUCUGGACAUCGCAGCGCUGGAGCUGGUCAAGUCUGCCAAGCAAGCUAUCACCUCUGUCCGUCUCGAUGGUCUCGCGCUGGCCAAGAUUGUCAAGCACUCCAAGGAUGCUCACCCAAGCGCCGCUACGGGAGCGUUGCUGGGCCUUGAGAUUGCCGGGGCACUCGAGGUAUCCAACGUUUUCUCUCUUCCAGGCAACGCACUUGGCUCGUCUUCACGGGAUCGCGGCGUCUCUGAGGACCAGGAUGCAGAGGCACAGGUCGGAAAGGGCGUCACUCGGUACACUUCUGCGAUGCUUUCACUCCUCCGCGAUGUGAAUGCAGACGCGAACCCGGUGGGUCUCUACUACGGCUGCUUCCUCGGCGCCUUCCUGUCUUCUGCCGUCAUUGACGGACUCUGGGCAAUAUCGAGCUUGAUGGAGCGGGAGGGAACAGAGGGAAAGGGGAGAGCAAUCCUGCUGGUCCACGACCUGGCGCAGUCGGCAAUGGGCAACACGACAAUCCGGGCGUUCCGGCUGGCACCUUCUUUCAUCGACGCCUACCGGCGUGGCAAAUUCCACACACAGGCUCUCGUGGACCAUAAGCUCACUUUUUCGAACGUGCUUGUCGAGAUCCCGGUGACGCUUCACAACACAGCCCUUCUCGAUGCGCUGCUCUCUACGCUCUCUGCGCCUUCGGAUGCUGCGCCUUCGAUUUUACCCCCAACGAGCGCCUCUCUGCUGCAGCGAUCGACGUCUGCCGCGCUGGACACAUCCGCGGCGCUCAACCACAACCUGACGUUCGCUCUGCCGCCAGUGCUGUCCACCUCGCUCGAGUCGACGCUCGAGGCGCUGGACGAGCACGCAUCCGAGGCAGGCAACAUCGGCUACCAGCUGCGCCAGCUGGGUCGCGAGAAGGCGCGCGCCGAGGCGUACCUGUCCAGGCGACGGGCUGAGAACGCGCUGCGCGAGCAGCAGGGUCUGCCGCCGCUGCCGGUGGAGGACGUGAACAAGCUCUUCAAGCUGCAAAAUGAGCCGAGCAGGCUUGAGGGAAUGAUGCUUCUCGGACAGCUCGACGAGGCAGCCAAGCGGCUCGCAGAGACAGCCGCCGUCGGCUCUGUCCAGCUGCAUGCUGUCAAGACGGGUGCCAUUUGAGUCGUUUUAGACCUUCUCGACGCUGUAUGGUUCAAGCGCACUCGUCUUCGGACCCGAAAUGUGAGCACCCG